AUGGAGGGUAGCGAGGAGGGGAAGCAGGAGGUGGCAGCAGACAGAAUUGUUGCUGUCCUGGGCCUCAAGUGUAAGUCGCAGCUGAGCUGCCUGGACGAGGCGCACGUGAACGAGAAGGUGACCGAGGCGCAGGCCUCCUUCUACUACUGCGAGCGGCGGCGGGCCGCGCUGGAGGCGCUGCUGGGCGGCGGCGACCAGGCCUACUUCGAGCGGGUGCAGCAGGAGCGGCUGAAGAACUUCCUGUCGGGCCAGGAGCGUCAGGCCCUCCGUGCCACCUGGCGCCCCUAUGAGGACACCGCCGCCGCGACCGCCCGUGGCAAGGGCAAGGGCAAGGGCAAGGCCCAGGCCGCUGGGAAGGCCGCGGCCGAGCCCACCGAGUCCCUGGCUUACUGGCCCGACCGCUCCGACACCGAGGUGCCCCCGCUGGACCUGGGCUGGACAGACAACAUCGCCUACAGGGGCGUCAGCCGAGUCACCCUCUUCACCCACCCCCCCAAGGAGGAGAAGGCCCCCCACCUCAAGCAGGUGGUCAGGCAGAUGGUCCAGCAGGCGCAGAAGGUCAUUGCUGUAGUCAUGGACCUCUUCACCGACCGCGAAAUCUUCCAAGACAUCGUCGACGCCGCCUACAAGCGCCGUGUCCCAGUGUACAUCAUCCUGGAUGAGGCUGGCGUGAAGUUUUUCCUGGAGAUGUGUCAGGGCCUGGAGCUCACUGACUUCCGGAUCCGGAACAUCCGGGUACGCUCUGUGGCGGGCGUCAGCUUCUACAUGCCCUGACCCAUCUGUGGGUCACUUUGAGUUAGAAGGCUCGCCAAGGGGCCCCCAACAGCAGGCCUGGGCACAUGGGUCUUGCUUUUCUGGUCCCAUGUCCCCAGGUUCACCUGGAGCUCCGCCCACAUGGACAGGAACCUGCUCCUGCUCCUGACGGGGCAGCAUGUGGAGCCCUUUGACGUGGAGUUCCGGGAGCUGUACGCCAUCUCCGAGGAGGUGGACUUGUACGGGAAGCUGGGCCUGGUCGGAGCCGGCCGUCUCGGCCUCAACUAUUCAUCCACCGUGGCGCGCAAGCUCAUCAACCCCAAGUAUGCCUUGGUGGCGGGCAGCCGGCCCCCGCCUGGCGAGAUGAUGCGCUGGGCCGCCAGGCAGGAGCGGGCCGCUGCCAGCCACCCGGACGAGCAGGAGGAGGGCAGUGGAGGUGGUGAGUCAGCCCGGCGCCUGGAGAGCUUCCUGAAUGACCUCGUCAGUGUGAAGCAGGUGCUGCCCCCUGUGGACCCCAUCCCCCUGACAGGGUCCAGCCGGCGGGAUGACAAGGCCCGCCAGGCCCAGGACCAGAAUGGCAAAGAAGCCACCAACGGGAAGGCGGUCCCAGCCAAGGAGGGCAAACGCUUCGGCAGCGGGUUCUUCAACCGUCGGUCCAAGAGGCCAGUGGCACCCAACGGCAUGGCCAGCUCCCUCCAGGUGGAGGCCGCUCCUGAGGUGGAGUUUAAGAUGGGCAAGAGGUCCACCGAGGACCCCGCCACCAGCCUCUCAGGUAAAGACAAGCCCAGCCGCUGCAUGAUUUCCUGAGCCACGGCACAGGGGCAGCAGGACCCACGGGUGCCCCAGCAGGACAGACUGCACCAGUUUGCACGACAGACCCCUCCUUGCCAGCAGCCUGCCACCUCAAGCCUCCCGAUCUCUCACAGAUCAGAGGGCCUCCAGCCUCUCCAGGCCAAGGGUGGGUGUGGGGAGCGGGGAGGACAGGUGUGUGUAUGUGUGUCCUUGUUUACAUGAGGUGGAUGCUCCAACAGUCUGCUCCUUUCUGCCAGAGCCCCUCCCCCCAGGGGGCUGGCCUCACCCUGCAGCCCCCAAGCCAGGGUGGGACACCUGACUUCAGGCUCCCUGUCCUGGGCUCCCUGACUUAGCUCUCCUGGGCCACCAGCAGGCUGGUGGGGGAGGGGAAGAGCACAGGUCUGGAGCCGGGUUUCCCACUGCCAGCCUGGCUGGAGGCCCCUCUCCCUCACCCACCCUCAGUGGAAGAGUGUUCCUCCUGUCUGAGACCCUGAGUGCAAUCAGGGGAAGACCCCCCCAGCCAGUGGCAGAUCCCCUACCCUCACUCUGCAGGUCUUGGCCGCUUGGCUCCCAGGGAUCCAGGACUCCCUGGCUUUGGCCUGCUGCAGACCUAUUUGGGGUAUGUGUGUGGGGCGGGGGUCGUAUACUUAGGGGGCUGCCCCGGCCCGAACCAUGCCCUGAUCAGCCUCGGGGAGUACUGUGACAGAGAGGCAGGGCUCUUCGGACUGGAGUAUUUGCCCU